CGGAUUAUGUACAUCCCUUCCUCAGCUUCAACUACUCAACCAGCUCUCUCUUUUACCUUACCAAAUAUUCACGGCAUAUCGCUCUGCUACUAUAAUGACGGGCCCAACGAACUGUCAACCCAAAGCUGCUGCAUGGGUGCUUGUCCUGACCAGUACCAACGACUAUGUGAAAGGUGCCAUCACCGUAGCCCGAGCAUUGCAACAAGUCAAGACGCAGUAUCCGAUUGUCGUCCUUUACACUUCCUCUGUAUCCGCAGAAGCCCAAGCGCUGUUGUCAGGGGCCGGGUGUAUACUCAAACAAAUUGAGCCGAUCCGUCCACCGGGUAAGACAAAUUACUUGUAUAAGCAGUUUGUCGAGACUUGGACCAAACUGGCUGUUUGGAGUCAGUACGAAUAUGAACGGGUGGUGCUCCUGGAUGCCGAUAUGCUGCCUUUGAAAAACAUGGACGAGUUGAUGGAGGUUGUAUUACCAGAUGAGAGCCAUAUCGCUGCUUGUCAUGCCUGUACCUGUAAUCCACACAAGAUUGAGACAUAUCCUGAUGAUUGGAUACCAUCCAAUUGCGGGCACACAGGCUCAUCCUCUGGUACCAAGAACGACUAUUUUAAUAGUGGGCUUAUGGUGCUGACGCCAUCCCAGGCCACGUUUGAAAAAAUUGUGACACGAUUGUACGGCUCUACUGACCUGACGAAUUGUCUGUUUGGCGACCAGGAUUUCUUGAACGAAGUCUUUGGAAACAGGUGGGCAAAAUUGCCGUACGUCUACAACUCGCUUAAGACGCUACCACACAUACACUCGGAGACGUGCGACUUGCGAGAUGUCAAAAAUAUUCAUUAUAUCAUGCAACCGAAGCCGUGGGCUGUGGACAUGCAAAAAGAUGCACCGGAUGAAAAAGAGCAGCAGUAUUAUCCACAGUAUCAGCUCUGGUGGGAUAUGUAUAACAGUGCUGGUUUGUCUGAUUCAAUCAAUAAAAUAAUCUAUGGCUGAGAUGGUCAAUUUGGUAUAACU